AAUGCGCAGCUUCCCCUCCUGUGACUGUAGACAAUACACAUAAACAGUAUGUUUUGUAUCGUCGCGAUUCAUUGAUUUUGUUAUAUCACGGAAUUAUUCAACAAGAAGCCAUUGCGACGCUACCUAAAUCUACUUGUGUUGUUCGACAUACAGACCGGAGCCGGCCAGCCCAGAAAUAUCUCCGCGUUGACUGCCCAUCAUGUCGGUCAUUCUCUGUACUGCUGGUUACGACCACACUAUUCGAUUCUGGGAAGCGCUGUCUGGAAUCUGCUCCCGCACCAUUCCUCACCCAGACUCGCAAGUCAAUCGCCUCUGCAUAUCGCCUGAUAAGCGCUACCUCGCUGCUGCCGGCCACCACACUGUAAAGCUGUACGACAUCAAAUCAACCAACCCGAAUGCGAUUCUUACCUUUGACGGCCAUACUUCGAACAUUACCGGUGUCGCGUUUCACUGUGAAUCCAAGUGGUUAGUCACUUCAUCGGAAGAUGGCACGGUUAAGAUUUGGGAUACACGGUCAGGCAAUGUCCAACGCAACUACACCCACGGUGUUCCGGUCAACGAUGUGGUGAUUCACCCAAACCAGGGAGAAUUAAUCAGUUGCGAUCGUGGCGGCAACGUAAGGAUCUGGGACCUCGGCGAGAACAAGUGCUCGCAUCAGCUCAUUCCCGAAGAUGAUGUCAGUGUCGCAAGUGUGACUGUUGCCAGCGAUGGCAGCAUGGUUUGUGCUGGAAACAACGCUGGUAAUGUCUAUGUCUGGCGAAUGAUCCAACGUAGCGACACUACAUCCAUCCUGCCCAUAUGCAAGUUUGUCGCACAUACCACCUACAUCACUCGCGUUCUCCUCUCCCCCGAUGUCCGCCAUCUAGCCACUUGCUCCGCUGACCACACAGCCCGCAUUUGGUCUGUUGAUACCUCAGCUCCCCAUAACGUUACGCCCAACGACAAUCUCCCGUCAGCCAGCGAACGCGACCCAGCAGCUUUCCCGCUCGAGACUACACUACACGGCCACCAGAGAUGGGUCUGGGAUUGUGCCUUCUCGGCAGAUAGCGCGUAUCUGGUCACUGCCUGUUCUGACCAUUAUGCGCGAUUGUGGGAACUAGGCAGUCAAAGCAUUAUUCGGCAAUACAACGGACAUCAUCGUGGAGCCGUCUGUGUGGCCUUGAACGACACUGCUGUUGGUAAUUAGGGAUCACGACUUCACUCGGUAAGUAAGAUUAGUGAACGAUAUGUGCAUGAAUCCAUGUAUUUGCAUCAGCGUUGGCGUUUUUGGCGGGGAAAUGAUACUCAGUAACGGGGAGGUUAAUUAGUCAAAUAUUAGAUGGGCAUCUAUGGCGAAACAAGGAGGGUUCUUAAUCAUCAAGGUCUGGGAAGUGACAAUCAAGUCAUAUACAACAUGUGUCUGUUUGAGCGGUAAUCUGGAUUGUGGAGAUAUAAGGGUACAAAUCAUUGUUGCAUAGUGUACAGAUGAAGAUGAAGGGCAGAGAAUGCAACGACGGUAUAUCGUUCUCAGUGAACGGUAAAACUAAUGCCCUCUCUCGUUCGCUCUUUGAACAAGCCCUUUUUUUUCUGCUCUUAAUCGCAUGAUAAAUUGAUCCUAUUUACAGCA